CCGUUGACAGCUGGGAAAGGAAGGAAGGCGGAGGCGGCAUCAGCUGCGUGCUGCAGGAUGGCGAGGUCUUCGAGAAGGCGGGUGUGAACGUGUCCGUCGUGUCCGGGUUCCUGUCAGAGGAAGCAGCGCGGCAGAUGCGAAGCAGAGGGAAGUCUCUGAAGGCCAAGGACGGGAAGCUGCCUUUUUGCGCCAUGGGUGUGAGCUCUGUUAUCCAUCCAAAGAAUCCUCAUGUUCCAACCAUGCACUUCAACUACAGAUACUUUGAAAUUGAAGAAGCAGAUGGAACUAAACAGUGGUGGUUUGGUGGUGGGACUGACCUCACUCCAACUUACCUGAAUGAAGAGGAUGCUGUUCAUUUUCACAAGACUCUGAAAGAAGCCUGUGACAAGCAUGAUCUAAAGCUGUAUCCCAAGUACAAGAAAUGGUGUGACGACUACUUCUAUAUCAAGCACCGUGGUGAGCGUAGAGGGAUUGGAGGCAUAUUCUUUGAUGAUGUGGACUCUCCCUCCAAGGAGGAAGUAUUCCAGUUUGUAAAGAGUUGUGCCAAAGCUGUUGUGCCUUGUUACAUUCCCAUUGUGAAAAAGCACUGCCAUGACUCCUUCACACCAGAGGAAAAGCUAUGGCAACAGCUUCGGAGAGGACGGUAUGUAGAGUUCAACUUGGUGUAUGACAGAGGUACAAAGUUUGGCCUUCUGACACCAGGAUCAAGAAUCGAAAGCAUUCUUAUGUCUCUGCCACUGACUGCAAGGUGGGAAUACAUGCACAACCCACCAGAGAGCUCGAAAGAAGCAGAAAUGCUGGAGGUUCUGCGAAAUCCCAAAGACUGGGUGCACUGACACGGAUCAUAAAGAGGAUUGAUUGCUUCCACUGAGCCAUUCUGAGAGAACAGGAAUGCCUGCAAACCAGCCCAUUCAGACUGCUGUUUCAUGGUGUUUCAGUGCGUCUAUUUAUACUCUUACCUCGUGCCUUAAUUAUGCUGUAGACUUGUUAAAACUUGCAAGUGUGUGAACUCAUUCUUUUAGAUUGAUGGGCUAAUAGUGUUAUCCCUAGCUGCUGUUGCCUUGUGAAGGACUGGUGAACACCUCACAUGGCUACUCUGCAUGCUUUAGAUGACUGCAAAAUGGCAAACUACUGUGGUGUCUUGAGGGAAAUGAAAGGAUUAUGUGUGCCUAAAUAGCACUGCUUGCCUUUAUAAAAUGUUGGUAUGCUUAAAAACAUUUUUUUUAAAGAAUAAAGGGAAUAUUUGGUAUUAUAUUAAACCUUAAACUGUGCUUUCA